CAGGCCAGAAGCUUCACAACUAGCAUUUUCCUUUCUCUCUCUCUGUGGCAACAAUUCAAUCAGAAACAUGAGGUCCAAAGCCAAAUACCCUAUGAACCUUAAGCUUCUUGUCAUUGCAAUCUUCAUUGCUUUCCUCCUCCUAUUUGUGUUGAGAUCAAGCUUAUUCUCAUCUUCCGAAUCAAAUACGCCUGCCAUAUCACCACCCCUUGUACUAAAACCCCCCAAAACUUUGAGAAAUCAAAAAACAAGUGAUUGCUCACCAACUUGCACUAAAAUCCCAUCCACGCUAGCCCAAGCUCUCAUCCACUACACAACCUCCACUAUCACCCCACAGCAAACCCACAAAGAGAUAUCAGUAACCUCCAAGGUUUUGGACAAGAAGUCCCCAUGCAACUUCCUGGUAUUUGGCCUCGGCCAUGACAGUCUCAUGUGGAGUGCACUCAACUAUGGCGGACGCACAAUUUUCCUCGAGGAGGACAGGUCCUGGAUUGAUCAAAUCAAGGGGAAGUUUCCCAUGUUAGAGGCAUAUCAUGUCACCUAUGAUAGUAAGGUGAACCAAGCAGAUGGGCUCAUGGAGGUAGGCAAAGCGCCUGAGUGCUCAUCGGUUGGGGACAUAAGGUACUCCAUUUGCCAACUAGCCGUAAAGGGGUUACCUAGUGAAGCUUAUGAGAUAAAAUGGGAUUUGAUUAUGGUUGAUGCUCCAACCGGUUAUCACGAGGAGGCGCCGGGGAGGAUGACCGCCAUUUACACGGCUGGCAUGAUGGCCAGGAAUAGAGAGGAGGGAGAGACUGAUGUGUUUGUGCAUGAUGUGAAUAGGGAAGUGGAAGAUAAGUUCUCCAUGGCAUUUUUGUGUGAGGGGUACAUGAAGAAACAAGAGGGAAGGCUAAGGCACUUUAGAAUCCCAAGCCACAGGGAUGACUUGAACAAGCCCUUUUGCCCUUAGGAAAUGCUAAUUGUGUACCUCCUCCAAAGACUUUAAUGUUUGCAUUUUAUUUGUUCUAAGAGUAAAAGUCUCGCAUUGUUCCACGGUGUUUUUGAAUGACACCAAUUUGUGAACACGGUCAAAUGUUCUGUCAAUUCAUUUUAAUUUUCGAACAAAGUGACAGUAUGAUAUCUUUACGACAACAACCCAACGUGUUCUAAUUGAUGGGACACAGUGCUAGUAUUUUCAAAAAUUCAUAAUGUAACGUGGGAC